GAGAGAGAGAGGGGGGAGCUCGAGCGCCGUACGUGUCUCGCGUGGAUUUUACCAAGCCAGGCAGCGCGCGGCGGACUUUGGUUUUAUUCCCUGCUUUAUUCCUGCAUUGAUUUGUCUAAUUGGCCAAGAAUUGAUCAACAUAACAAAUUGCAUAGUGCUUUUGAAAAUAAGUAGGGGGGGGGAGUUAAAAAAAAAAAAAAAACACGCAACACGUAUCCGGUAGUGGUCCCACGAGCGGAACGACGGGACUUUGGAGACAGACGUGGAAAGCGCAGACGAAGUAGGGACGGAGAAAAGAAGACAUUUGGCUUGCUUUGCAGCGCUCACCGCAAACAAACGGAAUAAUGAGGAACGUUUGCUUCAUUGUCACCCUCGGCUUGGCACUCUACCUCUCUGGGGAAAGGAUAGCACAGGCGGCCAAGACCACCUCCCAGGCUGAUGACUUAUACCUGGAUGACGCAGGCUCAGGAGGUUACUACCCUGAAGAUGAUGAUGAUUUUAACUCGGGAUCAGGCUCAGGCGCAGGUGAAGAAGUGGUUGAAGAAACGGUGACUGUCAGUAUGGUGUAUAUUGCACCCAAAGCAGAAGAACCUACCAAGGACUCCACCAAAGAUUUCACCCCCAAGGUGGAGACGGCCACAGUUCGAGAAACCGCCAGGGACAACACACCCAAGAAGCCGUUAAGAACAGAGGCACCACCAGUGGCUGUUACGGAGGACAUGAAGAGGAACCAGAUGACCAGCACAACCGGUGCCCCGGGCUCGGCUCAGGAGCCCAUCGAGGUCCGCACGGAGAACCUCUUCCAAAGGACGGAGGUGUUGGCAGCUGUUAUCGCCGGAGGGGUGAUUGGAUUCCUGUUUGCCAUUUUCCUCAUCCUACUCCUGGUUUACCGCAUGAGGAAGAAGGACGAAGGCAGCUACGACCUGGGCGAGAGGAAACCUUCCGGUGCAGCCUAUCAGAAAGCCCCAACUAAGGAGUUUUAUGCAUAAAAGCCCCGCCCACUUCUCCUGGGAUCAACAAAACACAAGCGGCCGCCCCCGAGCCGCCGCCUCUGGCAAGAGCGAACACGAGAAACAAUAUGUUACAAUGUUGAUUUAUGGAAAAAUAGCAUAAUGGGAAGCUUUUGCAUAGCAUAUUGUUGUUAAGAUCUUUCCCUUUUUAAAAAACAAAACAAAAAAAAAACAAGCUUUCCUUGUUUUAUGGCAACUGUCAGUGUAUUGUAUGAAAAUAUUUUUUUUUUAUUAAAAAUAACACAAACAGGAUCUGUAAAGGCCAGAAAAUCAACCGCAUCUGUCUUCUGUCUAAGGAGCUUGUGUUUAGUCGCUGACUCCUUUUAACUGCAGCAGUAUGUUAUUUGUAAAGAAGAAAAAAAAAAAAAAUCAAACGUGGAAAUAAUUGAAUAUAAUUAUUCUGUAUCAACCCUACUUUUAUUUCUUUUUUUUUAAUUUUGUCUUAGCAUGUCUGAUGUUGAUCUCUAAAGUUGUAUUACAUUAAUUUAUCUUUUCUCUGAUGUUGAAAAAUGCCUUUGUAGUUUUGAUGAAGCUCUUUUUGUCUUCACAUUAACGCUGUUAAUAGUCAAUGUAAAUUUUCUCCCUUCAGGUUGCAACGUUUCGUUUUUUUUUUUUUUGCUCUCACGCCCAUUUUUAAAUAGAGGUGAGCAUGACAUCAUGUCUUGUUUAUUUGUGUUUUUUUUUUUUUUUUUUUGGGAGGGGCGGGUGAACAGCAUUUUAUUUUUAAACACAGGAAUUAGUCCGAGAUGGAAGAGGUGUCUAAAAAAAGAAGAAAAAAAAAAGAUUGCACACGAUUGUUUGGGUGUCGGAAGUCUCUUAUUACGAUUUCAGUCACCUUCCCCAUCCUUGCCAAACUAGCAUCCUUCAACCCUUCCCGGGCCUCUUUUUCUCUCUGUUUACCAUCCCGCCCACCUUCUUUUUAGUCCGACUGGAGCACGGCCAGUUAAGCUGUCAAUGGCCUGCCCCACUUCCUGCUUUGUGCUCGUGUUGAUGCUUUGGGCCUAAAGACGUGCUCAAUGAAAAAAAAAAAAAGCUUUAUUGGACACAAACACCAGACCACAUGCAGAGCACAUACCACGGGAAAAAAAAAAAAGCAGACACAUGUGGAAACUUCUACACAAGUAUUCUUUUUCUUCUCAAAUGAUAAAUAAGAAGGCUUACAAAUGUUCAGUGAUGCCUUCAACAGCCCUGACUCUUCUGUGUUCAUUAAUAUUCUCUGCCAGGGCAAAGGUCAUGACAAACCCAAAGACUCAACCCAAUCCUGUGUGUUUAUUUUCUCAAUUAAAGAGGCCUGCCCUUCCAAUAGCUUCUUAGUAUACGGAAAGAUAUAUAAAUACAGUAUAUAUAAUGUAUAUUCACAAAUGUUUUAAACCUUCAAAGUGCCUACCAUUUGGAUAAGAUCACGCUCGCAGUGAGCGCGAAGCAGGUGUCGAAACAACUCGACUGGCAUUCAGUGUGCAUGGAUGACUGUAAUGGUAACAUUUUUUUUUUUUUUUUUUUAGUCUGAUAAAAAGCUGACAGUAUUGUACCUAUAAGUUGAAACAACACUACUGAAUAAACAUUGUGGCCUAAUAACCAAA